CAUAACACACACAGAACCUCAAAAUUUUGCUUUCUUUCGAGAGAAAAAAUAAAAAACUCUUUAAGUUUUUUUAGGUUGAAAUGGCGAAGGAUGUGAGUGAAGAAACACAACCCAGCCAUGCAAAAGACUACGUGGAUCCACCACCAGCUCCAUUUCUUGACAUGGGCGAGAUCAAGCUCUGGUCUUUUUACCGGGCUCUUAUAGCCGAGUUCAUAGCUACUCUUCUGUUCCUCUACGUCACUGUCGCCACUGUCAUUGGCCACAAGAAUCAAACCGACCCGUGUGGUGGAGUUGGCCUCUUGGGUAUUGCAUGGGCCUUCGGUGGCAUGAUUUUCAUCCUCGUUUACUGCACCGCCGGUAUCUCUGGUGGUCAUAUUAACCCGGCGGUUACUUUUGGGCUGCUUUUGGCGAGGAAGGUAUCGCUGAUUAGAGCUGUGGCUUACAUGGUGGCUCAGUGUUUGGGUGCUAUCUGUGGAGUUGGGUUGGUUAAGGCCUUCAUGAAGAACCCUUACAACCAUCUAGGAGGCGGUGCUAACACGGUGGCUGAUGGGUACAGCAAUGGCACUGCUUUGGGUGCUGAAAUUAUUGGAACUUUUGUUCUUGUUUACACUGUUUUUUCUGCUACUGAUCCUAAGAGAAGUGCACGUGACUCUCACGUUCCUGUUUUGGCCCCACUCCCUAUUGGAUUUGCUGUGUUCAUGGUCCAUUUGGCUACAAUUCCAAUUACUGGUACUGGUAUCAACCCAGCUAGAAGCUUUGGUGCUGCUGUUAUCUACAACAAUGAAAAAGCUUGGGAUGACCAUUGGAUCUUCUGGGUUGGACCGAUGGUUGGAGCAAUAGCAGCAGCUGCAUAUCAUCAGUACAUUCUGAGAGCAGCAGCCAUCAAGGCCUUGGGAUCAUUCCGCAGCAAUCCUACCAACUAAACAGACUUAUCGGAUUGCAUCGACCAGAGCAAGAAAAUACAAAAAAAAAAGAUUGUUUCCACUCUUUUAAUCUCCAUUUAUUUUGUUUGUUUGUGUGUAUGGACCAUUUUUAAUAUUUUUUCCUUGUUAAUUUAAUUUAUUUAGUUUGGCUAUGUACGAAUUUUUAUUGUAGUAGAAUUAUUGUCUUGUACAA